UGAAAGGGGUUUAGUUACAGCAUGGUGCUGCUGACAUGGACUGCUUCAUUCUCCUCCUGUUCUAUUUUACAGCCUGCUCAGGAUUUUUUGUGAGGGCACCUGCAGGCCGUUUGAUGGCAAUCCGAGGUCAGCCGGCUAUCCUGGGCUGUGAGUUUACCUCAGACUCUGACCUUUCUGCCCUGGUGGUGACGUGGCAGCGGGUAGAGGACAGUCGAGUCGUCCACAGCUUUUAUUACCAGAAAGACCAGCUGGAACGUCAGGAUGCACAUUACAAAAACCGCACAGUCUUGUUCAAUUCAGAGCUAAAGAUAGGAAACGCAUCACUCAGAAUCUACCCGGUUGGACCAAAAGAUGUGGGGUCGUACCUAUGUACAGUAAGCAACACAAAGGGCACAGACAAAGCUCAAGUGCAGCUGGAAUAUGGAGCCUUCUAUACAGAGCCGAGGUUGAGCAUCAGUGUUAACAGCUUGACAGUGAUUGUGCACUUCGAGACAGAAGGUUACCCAAAACCAGAGGUGACGUGGCUGGGAGAACAUGGCCAGAUCCUAAACAACCAGACAGAGAUCACUGAGCGCCCAGAGGGACUCUUUUAUGUAAAUAGCAGCUGUGUCGUUGAACAACCUGCCCUAAACCUCAGCUUUACUUUGAAGAACCAGAUGCUUAAUCAGGAGCUGCACAGAUCCCUAAACAUUCAAAGUGGGGAAGACAAACUCAAACGGGAGAGCAUUACAAUCAUCAUUUUAUCUGUUUUGUGUUCAAUUCUGACUGCAAUCUUAUUUUUUGUUCUGCUUAUAAUGUUGAAAAAACGACUGCCACGUGUACAAGCCAAAAGCACUGCAAGUAAUGGAGGGGGUUGCAGCAUUCCACUUCAAUCGUGAUAAAGGUUUAGGGUAAAUUCGAGUGAAGCAGAGAAACGCAAAAAAAAAAACAAGAAUAUUCUCAAAGCCAACAGUAUUUCAUUUUUACUUUUAUUAGGAAAACAGAAGAUAUUAUAACCUUAAUAUGCUAAGGAAUGGCUCUGAGUGACAUGCACAACUAAAAAUAUCAUCUGCUUUCUGAGAUUUGUACCAAGCAUCUAUUGCUAUUGAUGUAUAUUUCUGUUACAACUUAAUA